CUUACUGUAGGCGGUUCAGAAGUAGCAUCCCUGGUCUGUACCUCCUGGAGGCCAAUAGCUCCCACUCGGUUGUUACAACUAGAAGUUUCUCAAAUAGGGAGCAAGAUCUCCCCUGGUUGAGAAUCACUGCUGUGGAGAUAGUCAUUCCAGCGCUUUGGAUCAGAGGGCUCCACCUGCCAAACUGGUGCCCUGGCUCAGAAGAUUAUUUGAUGAACUUGUUAAAAAUAGACUCCCAGCCUUCUCCAGCUUCCCAGUUGAUUCAGUGUACACCCUGGUCUGGGAACUGCUGCUUAAGGCUUUUACAGAUCCAGACAUUUAACGUGGAUGCACCAUGCCAGACCGUGGAAGAUUUAACGAAUGGGGUUGUGAUGGCCCAGGUUCUUCAAAAGAUAGAUCCUGCGUAUUUUGAUGAAAAUUGGUUAAACAGAAUCAAAACUGAAGUAGGAGAUAACUGGAGGCUGAAGAUAAGCAACUUAAAGAAAAUUUUGAAAGGAAUCCUGGAUUACAAUCAUGAGAUUCUAGGGCAGCAGAUCAAUGACUUUACCCUUCCCGAUGUGAACCUGAUCGCAGAGCAUUCCGACGCCGCAGAGCUGGGAAGGAUGCUUCAGCUCAUUUUAGGCUGUGCUGUGAACUGCGAACAGAAGCAAGAGUACAUCCAAGCCAUCAUGGUGAUGGAGGAGUCUGUUCAGCAUGUUGUCAUGACCGCCAUCCAGGAGCUGAUGAGUAAAGAGUCUCCUGUGUCUGCUGGGAAUGAUGCCUAUGUUGACCUUGAUCGCCAGCUGAAGAAAACUUCAGAAGAACUAAAUGAAGCUUUGUCGGCCAAGGAGGAAAUUGCUCAAAGGUGCCAUGAGUUGGAUCUGCAGGUCGCAGCGCUGCAGGAGGAGAAGAGUAGUCUGUUGGCAGAGAACCAGGUAUUAAUGGAAAGACUUAAUCAAUCAGAUUCUAUAGAAGAUCCUAACAGUCCAGCAGGAAGGAGGCAUCUGCAGCUCCAGACUCAGUUAGAGCAGCUCCAAGAAGAAACAUUCAGGCUUGAAGCAGCCAAAGAUGACUAUCGAAUACGCUGCGAAGAGCUGGAGAAGGAGAUCUCUGAACUUCGGCAGCAGAACGAUGAACUGACCACUCUGGCAGACGAUGCUCAGUCUCUGAAGGAUGAAAUAGAUGUUCUUAGACAUUCUUCUGAUAAAGUGUCUAAACUAGAAGGCCAAGUAGAAUCAUACAAGAAGAAGCUAGAAGAUCUAGGUGAUUUGAGGCGGCAAGUUAAGCUCUUAGAAGAAAAGAAUACUAUGUAUAUGCAGAACACAGUCAGUCUAGAGGAGGAGCUGAGGAAAGCCAACGCGGCUCGAAGUCAACUCGAGACGUAUAAGAGACAGGUAGUAGAACUGCAAAAUAGAUUAUCUGAAGAAUCGAAGAAAGCCGAUAAAUUAGAUUUUGAAUAUAAGCGGCUAAAAGAAAAAGUUGACAGUCUUCAAAAAGAAAAGGAUAGGUUGAGAUCGGAAAGGGAUUCUCUGAAGGAAACCAUUGAAGAGCUUCGCUGUGUUCAGGCUCAAGAAGGACAGCUCACAACUCAAGGGUUGAUGCCUCUGGGAAGUCAGGAGUCUUCAGACAGUCUUGCAGCAGAGAUCGUCACACCGGAAAUCAGGGAGAAGCUCAUUCGUCUUCAGCAUGAGAAUAAGAUGUUGAAAAUCAACCAGGAGGGUUCUGACAACGAGAAGAUCGCCUUGCUGCAGAGCCUUCUGGAUGACGCCAACCUCCGCAAGAACGAGCUGGAGACGGAGAACAGGCUGGUGAAUCAGAGACUCCUGGAAGUACAGUCGCAAGUGGAAGAGCUACAAAAAUCUUUACAAGAUCAAGGCUCAAAGGCAGAAGAUUCAGUUCUUCUAAAAAAGAAGCUUGAAGAGCAUCUAGAGAAGCUGCAUGAAGCCAAUAAUGAGCUGCAGAAGAAGAGGGCCAUCAUUGAAGAUCUUGAGCCAAGAUUUAACAACAGCUCCUUAAAAAUUGAAGAAUUACAAGAAGCUUUACGGAAGAAAGAAGAGGAAAUGAAGCAAAUGGAAGAACGAUAUAAAAAAUACCUAGAGAAAGCCAAAAGUGUUAUCCGUACUUUAGAUCCUAAACAAAAUCAAGGAGCAGCACCAGAAAUACAAGCUCUUAAAAAUCAGCUCCAGGAACGGGACCGGCAAUUCCAUUCAUUGGAGAAAGAAUAUGAGAAAACAAAGAGUCAAAGAGAGAUGGAAGAGAAAUAUAUUGUCAGUGCCUGGUACAACAUGGGGAUGACUCUGCACAAAAAGGCGGCCGAAGACAGGCUUGCCAGCACAGGGUCGGGGCAGUCGUUCCUGGCGAGGCAGAGGCAGGCCACCAGCACGCGCCGGUCUUACCCGGGCCACGUCCAGCCGGCCACCGCAAGGUAGACGAGUCCCGCCGCUGGGAUCAAAACACCCGCGUUCAACACACACUUCUGUUACAUGUAACGGCGUUUCAGGAAAUUCAGCCCGCUUGUAUUUCGUCUCUAUUUUAUGUUACCAUUUACUUGUCUCAUUUGAGGACUUUCUCUCUUCUAUAUCUGUAAUGUUUUAGUUUCUCAGUCCUUUAUUUUGUAGUCCUUUCGGUUCCUUUUAAUGUGCCAAAAAAUCUUUUUAAAUGCCCAAUUAAACGUGUUGUAUAUUAGUGUAGUACUUUCCUUUGUACGAAAAUGUCCUUUCCCCAAUGGUGUAGGCUUUGUAAUGAAUUAGAUUUUCUGCCAAUAAUUGAUAUACAGUUUAUAUUCUUUAUCGUGCCUCUGUGUUACCAUGCUUUCUAAGAAUGUCUUUGUUUAAAGGGAAUUAAUCUUUUUAUGAUGUAUUAAUCUGUGUUUUCAAUUGUUUUCCAAAUGCACUUCAAAUAACUUACAUAUUUACUAUAUAAAAUGGUUGGCAAGUGCACUUUUUGCAAAGACAUAAAUACAUAGGCAGAGGUGCUAAUCAGCUGUCACCGAAGGCCCCUGAGAGAAUUAUUUAGAGGGAAAAAACGAGUUUUCACAUUGUUUUAUAGGAAAUUAAAUUUGUCUGAAGAUUUGGAAACUAUUUUUAAAACAUAAAUAGAAUUUCAUUAUUUCCUGCUAUCUUGUUUGCUGGCAGAAGUGAAUGUGUUGGUUAGGCUAUUCGAGGAGAAGUUACAGAAGAAAAAAAAUCAGGCAGUACAUUCUUUUUUUUUUUCUUUUUCUUGUUUUGGAAUAUCACAGUAACUGAGGAUCAGAUUCUAGCAAUGGGGCUAACACUGAAUUUCAACCACCCUCCAUGUCUCAAUGAUUUAUUUUUUAUAUACUUACGAGUCACAGGUAGCCUUACCUUCGGGGUAAUUCCCUUGCUGACUUGCACCUCAUUUGUCUUAUUCCUUAAUAUUGACCCUUCUGUUUCUCACUAAUUCCUAAUACUUAACAUCUUAAUACCAGUCAUUAAGAUCAGUAAGUGACUUCCUGUGUGUGAUGUUUAUGACAGGUCUGUUUCUUAAUUCUGUGGAUGAGUCUAAGAAUUUGCUGCUGAGUAGAUUCUCUCUCUGGUAUUUGGUUGCCCCAAAGUGCUUACAUUUGUUGACAGAUUAUUAAACUGUUUAUUUACGUUGAUGAAUGGCUGUCAAGUAACAAGAGAUCGUGAAGCACUUUGACUAUAUAAGGUGCUAUAUAAAUGCAAAAUAUCAUUCAUUUGAACAUGAAAUGUCUCUGGCUCACUUUCCAUAUUGGUUUAAAUAUUUGGCCCCAAAUUAUAUUAAAUAUAUUCCCCUCCAGCCUUUCUCUUGCACCACAGCCCAUUUUUUAAAAGCAAAAAUUUACUGAAAUUAGGUUGAUCGUUUGUUCGGUUUUGGUUUUAGAUAGGUUACCUAUUAAGAAGAUUCUAUUUCAUGUACUUGCUGUUUGGAAGUUCAGGUUUCAUUUAGUUUUGUACAUUAAAUAUAAAUGAGUAACUUUAAAUCAAGCUAAAUGUACCUAAGAAUUCUCAGAAACUUUAUUUGGAUGUCUGAUUUUAAAUCCUUAUUUCCUUUUUUUAAAGAAAAUGGUGUUUUCAUUUGUCCUCAGAAACUGUACCUGGAGAAGGGUAUUAGAAUGUAUGCAGGAGUGACUCUAUGCCUUGAGCUAAUUUUUUACAUUAAGUACAGAAGUCUGAGCUCAGUGUGAAUGCCUCCGCCUGUUAAGAAGAAAAGCAGGAGGAGUUAGUAGGAAAGGACAGAACCACGUGAGUAGGUACAUCCUGGGACUUCUGGAGGCUGGGCAGACCCAAGCACAUGGAAUGUGUUGACAAUAAAAGAUUAAAAUCUAAGAUGGUUCAGCCUCUCCCACCCCCACUACGUCCCAUCCCCUUAUUUCACAAAUUAGAGAACAGAUCCAACUGGUUUUUUUUUGUUUGUUUUUGUUUUUUUGUUUUUUUUUUGAUCCAACUGUUUUAAAAUAAGGCAUGAACACUAACCUCGGUAAAAUUGAAAUUACUGGUAAAUACACCAACAGAAUAAGAUAGACUAAAACCAGAGUCCCUGAACUGUUUCUUACGUGGAUUCUAUCCCAAGAGAUGAGGAAUUUUCCUUUUAGUUCUCUAUUUACUAGCCCCGUCCUGGCCUCCUACCCACCCACCUACUCAGAUUUGUUUCUCUGCAUGGGAAAGUGCCAAGCUCCUGGAAGGAAAUUUUCCAUCCCAUUUUUCUUCAGCAUCCCAUUAUUUUGGUGUUUACAUUCAUAACCUUCACUCACCUUUACAGCAGGCUUAAGUUUUAGUAUAUCGCUUUCAUUCCAUAGUAGAAAUGUUAUUUCUAAACACUGUGUGAUGUUUUUUGAAAAGCAGGAAUAAAGCUGCACUGUCCCAGUGAGAUCCCUGCUUCCUUGGCCCAGCUUUUGGGCAGGGUUUGAUGAAUUUCUCUUUCCCCAGUGAUGAUUAUUAAUCUCUAGGAGGUUUGUGCCAAUGCACAAUCUCUCUGCAAGUUGCGAGACAGUGGGUGCCUCACGUAGGCGGGAGCCGAGCUGGGCCAUGCUGGACAGAUGCCCACGCACAGUGGCUCCGUGAAGCCCACGCUCCCUGGGGCAGUGAAGCCAGUUCUGACGCACCAUGGAGUCAGCACAGAGUUACUGUGUUAAGGGUGGGGCAAGGGGUCACCCCAGGUCUGAAUUCUUCUAAACAAAAACCUUAUUUUCUGUUUUCCUUCUAACCAGGGUGAGAAAAUACAAACUUAGUAACGAAAGACCACAACAGCAUACAUUUUAUAUUCUGCAGUGUGUAUUUAACAAGUUUGUAAUGGGGGGAAAAAAUCCAGCAAAUAUUAUAGUUUACCGCAUCUUCAAAAGAGAAUAAAGAAUACAGUUGUACAUAUCUUAAGAGAACGCAUACAAACUCCAUCAUAUCUUUUUAGUAUUUGUCUGAUUACCUAAUAACCAAGAAAAAAAGAAGUCCCAAAAGAAAAGCUCCAUUUUCUUUCUUUUUCUUUUUUUUUUUUUUGGCCACGCCACGUGGCAUGUGGGAUCUUAGUUCCCCAACCAGGGAUUUGAACCUGUGUCCCCUGCACUGGAAGCAGGAGAGUCUUAACCACUGGGCCACCAGGGUAGUCCCAAGGCUCUGUCUUCUAAACACUGAUCAGGAUUGAAUUAUUUCUGUUUGAUAAAACUGGCUAGUGAGAUGAUUUCCUUAUAAUAAGGAUGAUCUUGUCAGCUGUUGUUUUGUCAGGGUCUUACUGCUUUGUCUGUGUAGUGACAGCUCAACUGCAUAAACCUAAGCUAAAUGUUUCCAGUCAGAGGCAUCCGCCCACACCGAUCCGCAGGCCUCAGGAAGGCACGCGAAUCUGUGCUGUUACAGACAGACCAGCAGUCGGAGAUGUGAGGGGAAGUGGGGUUUAAGUUGAAAGAGAGGUACAUUUUUAUUUAUGAAUUCUUUUACUCACACUUCCUUCUCAGUUGCAGUUUUAUUUAUUCACAUCUAAUGAUAGAAGAUAUUUUUUGGAGUCUCUUGCUCUCUGACCAACAUUCAUCUUUUAAAGAUAACAACACCCUGUUAAAAGUUUGAAAAUCUUUAUCCCGAUAUAAGAAUUGUCUUGAAGCAAAAUUCUUAAUUUUUGAACUUAUCCUGACUUCCUGCAUUGAAUCUCCAGUGGUCCAGAUCUCAGGCUCCGGGAGCAUUAGAACUUUCCCCAGUUGGAACACGUGAGGUUUAUCUGACAAAGCACUGGUAACCCAGAUAGUAUAAACCUCAUUAUUUGAGAGCCUUCUGGAUAAGAACGUCUGUGACCCUAAAGGGAGAACACAGUGCUUGUUUAGCUGAGAGCAAAACAGCAACAUGAGUUUUGUUGUCUGUUCCUUAAGCUGUGGACGCACGUUUUGACUUUUUAUCCUCAAAUUACAAAGUGACUCUGCCUAGAAAUGGCUGUGGAACUGAUGGAGGGGUACAUUUCUCAGCAGUGAUGUCUGUGUGGUACCCCGCAGGGUAGGAACAAAAUAAGAGGGGAUCUCAGAAUCUUUGAAAAUUAUUUUUGCAUGCUUCCCCCCCCCCCCCACCUUUUUAUAAUGAUCAUCUCUCUCCCUCUAGUUCCAACUGUCAAAAUGGCAGCUCAUUUUAGUAGAUAUACAGCCCAGUUUCACUACAUUUAGAAAGAAGUUUCAAAAAAAAAAAGAGCAAUUUCAGAGCUUAUUCUUUGUAGCUAUAAUGAUUCAAGUAUUUUGUAUCAUGACGUUUUUAUAUGAGGGAGGCUAUUCUCUGUGUGUCUGUCAUCGUUUUUUACUUUCUAUAAAGCAUAUUUAAAUAAUAAUUGGUGUAUGUUCAUUUUAUUGAAAAAUUUGAAAAUGUUUUAGUGACCAGUUUAAGCAUGGUAAUUUUAUUGUUCUUAAGUUGUGCAAUAAAUAAUGUUUAUUUCUCAGAAGCCUAAAAAACAUAAAAUAAUUUGCUACUGACACAGCUACCCCUCCCCAUCCCCCUAAAUCGUGGAAGUGUCAAAAUUUUGCUCCUGUUUUUUCAUAAAGUGAAGGACAGGGCAGGUGUGAUGACCUCCAUCUCUUUUCAGUCACUGAUUAUGUUCUUGAGAAAUAUGUACCAAUAAUUUGUUUUAAAACAGCCUUUUAUCAACCUAAUUUCCAUGUAUUUAUAAAUAUAAAAGCUUUAAAAUUUAUAUUUAAUGUUAUCCUGAAAUAUACUUGGAUUCUUCACACUGCACUUAACAUGAUAGAGAAGGGACAUUACUUGAGAAACAAGAGACCUGAACCUAAUUACGGCAAGUAUAUGAGUCUGGCAAUUGCGGCCUGACAGUGCUUCCCAAGAAUUCUGUUUCAGCAAUUAUGCCUCUCUCGUGUACUUUUCUGCCUUCUAACAUUUUCCAAUAAUAUCCUAUGAGAUAAGUUUGUAUGCUACCUGUAAGAGAGCAUAGAACUCUGAGAAAGUAAUCUAAGGCUGCCAAGGCAGAUCCAUUCCUAGAGAGUAGAUCGAUUAUCGGAAGACAAAAAGACCUAAUUAUAAACAAAUAUCCAAGCAGAUGGAAGUGCUGACACCAUUCAACCUACACUUGGUCUUAAUAGUAAUACUAAAGUAAUAGUUUACAUAAAAUCUUCUGACUUUAUUACAUGGUCAUUCUGUUAAAAAAAAAAAAAGAGUAGACAAAAAUAAUUUAUUUUCUAAUCGUCCUUCCUUUCUGUGGGCACUCACUGGGCACAGAUUAACAGUACAUGUUUGUGAGUGGAGAGGAAAGCAUCAGUUUUCAUCUUGAAACUGGUAACCCUUUACUCACUCUAAACUAGAUCUUUAAGACUGUGAAGAUAGGAUGGUGUGAUGAGAUGAGACCUCUCUGGUGACUGAAACUCACUACCAACUUCCUAGCAGUAACCUGGCUCUGCUGAUGUGUGCGGUUUACAAACCGUACACUCAGUUUUAUGUCUACCUUAAUUAUACAUAGUGGCCCUGCAGAAAAUCUUGUUUAAAAUGAAGGCAAGAGUAGACUUCCUAUGUGCAUAUAUUCAAGGGGAGCCUUUGUGUACCUGGUAACAUGACUGCCAGGCUCUGAACUAGGUGUUCAGGGUCUGAUGAUGAAAUCAUCAGAGAAAGUGUGUAGGUAGCCUUGGAAUGUAAGGACGAUGGGGCUAUCAAAUACCCUAAGUUAUAUUGACUCAGAGCUUAAAAGGAUAAGUAAGUAUCAUGAGAAGAGCAAGCUCAGAGUGAGAAAAAUCACCAAAGCAUGCUGAGGCUUUAAUGCAUGUGGGAGACUUCUGAGCAGUCAUCAUUGCUUUAGAGAUCUCUUAACUGACAAAGGAAAAUAAUUAGAUUAGCAUUAAUAAGUAUAAAACUUAUAAAAGGGACUCGUGUUUGUUCUUGGUGUAAUUUGUCAGCCUGUGGACAGUGAUUACUGUAUAUACAUUCUAUAUAUGUAGAAUAUAUAUAUAGUGUGUUUAUUUUAUAUAUGUCACUAUUAGAGUUGAAUGUCUUAAUAUUAUUUACUACUUCUACUCACUUACGUAUUAUUUAUACUUUACUGCAAGACUCACAGCACUUUACUUACUAACAUUAGAUAAGUAUUUUCCUUCUACCUUUCUGUGGCAUUUUCCAUGUACAUCUUUUCCACUGGGGUUCUUUUCCUUCUUUUGGAAGACCACUAAGACAGCCGUAAAAGAUCGCCCAAAUAAAUGGGCUGUGCUCUCUUCCUGAAAUGUUUAAAGUCUGAUCUGAAGUUCUGAGUCUAGAACUCUAUCUGAAGCUGGGUUGGGGCUGCGAGUCAUUAAUUAUAUUUUAUAUUUCAUGUUAAUAAGACUCAUGAAGUUAAUACUUAUGAAGCCAAGGUCUCUCACAGACACACUUUAAACUCCUUGUUGCCUAGAGUUGCAUUAAUAAAAAGUGAACAGUCUUCUGGUUCAUCAGAAGAUGCUCUCACCUUUCAUUUACCUGUCUCCUAAAAUACAGACUGGCAAACUCUCCUUCACUUUCAUAGUUUCUUCAUCAUUGCAUGUACUCAGACACAAGAGAAAGAAAGCCAGACUCCAGGAGCUGUGAUGUCCAAGAAUCUGGGAAACGCUGGGAUUGAGGUGAUGGGAAAAAGCAGAUACUAACCAUGGCAGGAUGCUACAAAAGUGGUCUUAGUUCUGCUAUAACAUAUGCCUUAUGAACUUGGCCAUUUUCUUAAGUUCAAAUAUGACAAAGUUUCCAGCUUUUUUCUGUUGAGAGAUGUUUUGUGGAGUCAGGACUCUUUUCAUUUGUACUUGAAUAUAUUUGUAUUCAAAUCGUCAAAACAUACUGAAAUAUUUGUUGUUACAUAAACAUUAACACAGUGAUUACUGCCAAAGAACAGGGAGAUAUGCUCGUUAAGAACAUUCUCGUAAGAGUUUUGUCUUAUGUUUAGAUGAGAGAAGUGCUUUUAGAGCGUGAAUAGUUUCUGCAGUGCUUGCUUCUAUGUUACCCUCUGUUCUGCUGAUGUGCUCGGCGUGGGCAGGUCACCUGGAAGACAGCAGCACAAAUAGAGAAGGCUGGACUCCAACCUGUGAGAGGAGAGCCACUUCUUAUCCUCCCAGAGUAAAAAAAAAAAUUAAACACACAGUCACACUCACACAUGGGGACAGAACGUUGAAUGGAUAAAUCAUCUUCUACAUGUCUUGAGCAUCCUUUGGCUUCUUGCUAAUCUAUUUAAGAGCAGAUUCUAGACCUGCAUUGUCCAAUCCACUAGCCAAUUCACAGCCACAUGUGCUGGUUUAAAUUCAAGUAAAAUUAAGACUCCGGUUCCCCAGUCCCCCAGCCACAUUUCAUCAAAGGCCACCCGUGGAAAGCAGUUACUGUACCAGACAGCACAGAUCCAGAAUGCGUCCAUCAUUGAAGAAGGCGCUUUUGACAUUUGGUGCCCAAAGAAUAAGGAUGAAAUGAAGACGUUCAGUUAACUUAUGAUACACUUAUAGAUUUUUCUGGCAUCAUUAAAGAAAGAUAUUUUUUUUUAAUAAAAAUUAAUACCAGCCCUUUUUAAAGACCUUGAAAAAUCAAAACCCCAUUCUUUGAAACUAGUUUUCAAUAUAUUUUUUUAAACAGAAUCUUAGCACUUUACUUUUUAAGUGGUAUAAUUAAAUAACUUCAUAAAUCAUAACUUAGUAUCUUCAGGUUCUUCCCUUUUUUAAGUAGUCUUAAAAUUGAUGAUAGUUUCUAACACUUAGCCAGCAGAAACUGAUGAAUGCUUAUUUAUUUACAAGUAAAAGUUGAUAGACAACAUAGUCCUCUAUUCUUUUAAAUCUAUUCUGUUUCUUUUACAUCUAUAUAGAUCUAAGGAGAUUUGCCAACAGUUUUUUCAUUUCUGCCCCCAAAAUCACAUUUGAUCAUCUUUCACCUUAAAGGCAUAUCAAGAUCCAAAUAGUUUCUUUGAUUUUCUCCCUAGUCUCUUGCUCUUAACUACUUAGGUUAUGAAUCAAGUUAAGUUUCAUGUAUGAAGCAGAUUUUAUUCCAGCAACUUAGUUAAUGAAACAUUUUUUUUUAAGAUUUAUUAAUUGCCUUGGCUUAUUACUAAAGCGCUUAGCAUGACUCAACAGAUCUAUACAAAUGCAUCUUUGAAUUUUUUAACGAAUAGAAGAGACUAAUUGCAACUCUUUGGAGUCAGCUUGGUAUUUAGUGAAAACUGUACUGUCAGAAAGUCAGAUACUUUCCUCUGCCUUUUCAGUCUUUUUAAUCAAGCUGCAGACUUGAUCCAGUAGUGUCAAAUUACAAACAACUGUAAAGAAAUUCUUACUCAAGUACAGAUGGGCACAUGGCAUGAUUUGAGUUUAUUAUUUUUUGGUGGCCGAAUUUAAGUGUAUAUUCUGCAGAGACUCAUAGUCUUAGUUAAGGGAAAUUUUCAAGAUGCUUAAAAUAAGAAAGAACAUGCUAGUAUAAAUACAGGAAAUGACUGUACACAAAUGCCAAUCAACAAUUUGGGGCCUUUUAAUUUUUUUAAUAGUCUUAGUUAUUAAAAAUUCAAAUGCACUAAUAUGCCAUUGCUGUCACUAACUUUGCUGUUUACAGAUUAUAUGUAAUUCAUACUGCUUUGUGCUCAGAAGAAUAAUUUCCAGGUUUAAUCUUGUUUUGCAAUUUUGUGUUUUGAAAUUUGCCCCACCAUUUAUAACACCCACUUUUUGGUGGUGUGAUGAAUGGUAAAAUUCAAACAUAUCUAAUAGUUUAAUAAUUUGCCUUAUUUCAGUUAACAAAUUCUAUCAAAGAUUUGGGGAUAGAAAGAGGCUUUUUUUUUUUCCUACAGUAUUUUUUAAACUUUUCAGACGAGCUGGAAAACACUUUAGUACAUUAGAGUUGGAGUUGUAUUGGUUACAGUCCCAGCUCUAUAGCCUUAUACUCAUGUCUUAAGUAUUACUGAUUGUUCUAUGAAUUGUUAGUUUGAUAUUUGACAUUGUAGUUAUCCACCUUGCAGUUUAGCCUUUGCAAAAAGGAUAUUGCUAGGUAUGUUCUUAUUUCUGGUUGACUAUUGAAUUUGUAAUUUCACAAUUUCAUUCUGAGUCAUGAUAAUCCCAAAAGGAAACCCAUGUAGGACUAAAUUUUUCACCUCACAAAUGAAUCAGUGCAGUUUUAGCAACCUCAUACAUAAAUGCAUCCAAGCAAUGUCACACCUGUUUACCAGUCAUUGACUCUGUUAGAUUCAUGAGUUUUCUCACUGUUUCUCCGAGGUAAAUGACUUGUUAGAGAGCCUCAUUAAGAAAUUUUCACCAAAAUCACAAAAACACGAAGUCCAAGAAAUCACCAGAAGACAGAUUUUUAAUUUUUUGAAACCUUAUAUUGUAUUUCCUUUUGAUGUCACUUACUCAUUUUAAUUUUAUGACUGCCAACUUGUUAUGGUAUUAAUUAUAUGUAUAUGUUUAUAUGUAUGCAUAUAAUAUAUGUAUAUGUAUAUGAAGAAUAAAGUUAAGAUUUGGUCAAACUAUAUUUUCCCAUUCAAGUACAAAAAUGUUUUCAAGGCUGCAAAAAGUGUACAGUUGUUAAACAAGUUGUAAAUAAAGACUUGUAUAAAAAUUCA